UUUGCUUACCUCAUUGCAGAAUCGCAUUGAUUAUUAUGAUAUGAUACGUAUAUAUUAAAGAGGCUUUCGCGGUGAAAUAGUUAUUAUUCGAGAGUUCGCAGCACCAUGCAGACCCUGGUCAUCCUGUUUUUUUUAGCCCAAACUGUCUUAUGUAGAGUGGCUUACAACUUGGAGAGUGACAGAUCAAAUGAAGAGCUAAGUCUCGAAGCUAUAAAGGAAAUCCAGCAGCUUAUCGAAUUCACUAAAAAAGUCGAUGAAUCCCAAGAACCUGUUCCAAAACUACUUCAAGGACCUCUAAGAGUGUCUGAAAGAGAUGUCCAUCUUUACGUCUACAAUCGAAAUGAUCAAAAUGGAAAAAAAAUUGCUUUAUCAGAAAUUGGAGAAAUAAAACUUUUGACUGCAUUUGAUACGAACCUAGAUACAGUUUUUGUUAUUCAUGGUUGGCUUAAUACGUUUAAUUCGACAUUCAAUAAUGUUGUCAAUGCAGCUUUAUUGGAAAUCAGAGACGUCAACGUAAUCAGUGUUGAUUGGGAUAAUUUUUCCCGUUUUAGUUAUUUCACAGCUUACCUCGCAGUUUCAUCUGUAGGCAACUUUGUGGGGAAAUCUAUUCGAAAUAUAUCAGAAGCUUAUAACUAUCCUCUGGAAAGAUUUUCAUUGAUCGGUCAUAGUUUGGGAGCUCAUAUUUGUGGAUUUGCAGGUAGAUAUGUUGAUGGUCUGGUAUCCAGCAUCACCGGGUUGGAUCCAGCUGGACCAUUAUACUAUAAAGCAUUACCAAACAACAGGCUUAACGUUAACGAUGCACAAUAUGUAGAAGUGAUUCACACCGAUGCAAUGUUCUUAGGAACGAACUUUCACAUCGGCGACAUAGACUACUGGCCAAAUGGAGGUUUAUCUCAGCCUGGAUGUGACCCUUCUUUCGGAUCAUGUUCACAUGGCCGCUCAUUUUAUUAUUUUGGCGAAUCUUUAGUAUCCGGAAGCAAUAAUUUUGUUUCUACGGAAUGCAAAUCUUUUAAAGCUUAUGAAGCUGGACUUUGUCAAAAUAAUACAAUUGCUUUUAUGGGAGGGAUUACUUAUAAUGAAACUCUAACUGGUGACUUUUACCUAAUUACCAACAAGACUUCCCCAUACGGUCUUGGUUAUGUCAAUUUACCUAUAGACACAUAAUAGAUGAAAUGCUAUCCAUUACCUGCGAAUCGGUAAACAAUGUGGUAAAUAAGUGUUCCAUGUACUUAAGUAAAUUAAAUUAUUUUCAUGUAUAUGUACUAUUUAUUGAAAUAUAUAUUUUUAUUUUUGAUUUGC